AUGCGUCGCGAGCGUCGCAUCGAGCCGACGUCGUUCGACGCGAUCGUCGUCGGCACGGGCCUGCCCGAGUCGCUGCUGGCGGCGGCGCUGUCUCUGGCGGGGCGGCGCGUGCUGCACGUGGACUGCGCCGCCUUCUACGGGUCGCACUGGGCGUCGCUGCCGCUCGACCAGCUCGCGCAGUGGGCGGCGAGCGGCGGGCGCAUUCCGCCUCCGGGGGAGAACGAGGACACGCAGACCAACGGGUUUGCGGAAGACGACGACGAGCGCGGGGAGGAUGCGCGGAGAGCCCCUGGGGAAAGCGCGGAGGGGGAAAGGGAAGUGCUGAGCGGCGACGAGGGGACGGGACGGGGAGACGGGGAGGGGGGUGCCGAGGGGAGGCAGGAUGGGGAUAGCGAAGGCGUGGGCGCAACUGAAGAUGGCGCGCGCACGACUGGGGACUCAGGCGCGGGCGAGGCGGGGGGGGCAGAUGCAGUUGCGGCCGCAGGCACAGACGCAGGGGCAGGGGCAGGGGCAGGGGCAGGGGCGGGCGAGGUGUCACUGGAGGAGCGGGUGCGGGCGGGGGAGGUGAGGGCGGUGGCGCUGGGGUCGUCGGAGGACGGCGCGCUCUACUCGCGCGUGUCCACCGCCACGUGGCUGCCACGCGCCUCCCACGAGCCCUUCCACCCGGCGCGCCUGCCAGCGGAGCUGGGCGAGGCGCGGCGCUACGCGGUGGAUCUGGCGGGGCCGCGCGUGGUGAUGUGCGGCGAGGACGCGGUGCGCGUGCUGGUGCGCAGCGGCGCGCACCACUACGUGGAGUUCAAGGCCGUGCAGGCCCUGCUCUGCUGGCAGCGGGGGGGAGAGGGCAAGGCGCGGGGGGAGAGUGGCGCGCAGGGGCACGGUGGUGGGGGGGAAGGGGGGCUGGUGCGGGUGCCGACGAGUCGGGGGGACGUGUUUCAGGACCGGCAGCUGCCCCUGGCGGACAAGCGCCGCCUCAUGCGCUUCUUCAACUCCGCCUCCCCCCUCUCCGCCGCCCCUGGCCCCCCUGCCCCCGCUGCUGCCACUGCUGGUGGCGGCGGUGAGGCGAGGGAAGGCGGGAACGAUGCAAGUGGGCAGGUGGGAGCGGGGGGGAAGGAGGAAGGGAAGGCGGCGAGCGGCAGCGAGGGGGAGGGGGAGGGGGAGGGGACGUUUACGGUGCUGCUGGAGGCACACGGGCUGCCAGCACGCGUGCAAGACUUCAUUCUGUACGCCAUCGCCCUGCUGCCAUGCAACCAGCACCCCACACCCCCUGCCGCUGCUGCCACCGCUGCCAACAGUGCCAGCGGUGGCAGCAGCAGCAGCAGCAGCAGCGGAGGUGGUGGAGGAGGGGGAGGAGGGGAGGGGAUGCAGGGGGGUGUGGUGACAGCGGCAGAGGGGCUGGCUCGCAUGGCGCUCUUCCUCAACUCCGUCGGCCGGUACGGCACGGAGGCGGGCAUGAUGGUGGCGCUGUACGGCAUGGGCGAGCUCGCCCAGGCCUUCUGCCGCCUCGCUGCCGUCAAGGGCGCCCUCUAUGUCAGUGCUCGCGCCCUCGUGCCACAGGCAGGCACUCCCCAUGCCGCCUGUUCCCCCUUGCCUCAUGCCCCCACUGUGCCUCAUACCCCCACCCUGCCUCAUGCGCCCCCUGCUGCUCUUCACCAUGUUGCAUGCUGCUCCUCAGUUUCCUCGCUGCUCUAUUUGCUGGCAGCAUUGCCGCUUCUGCACACGGGGCGGUGUGAGGGAGUGGCGGUGGAGGACGGGCAGCUGCUGGGCGCGCCCCUCGUGCUCCUCGGCCCCUCCUUCCUCCCCAAGGCGCUGCCCCCCACAGCAACCACAGCACCACCCGCAAAAGAGCCCGCAGCAGACCACCCUGCAACGUCUCACGGUGGCGGUGGCGGCGCUCGUGGUGCUUUGGACAGCACUGGGGCAGGUGCCGGAGGGGAGAGGGGGGAAGGGGAGGAGGAGCAGGAGGAGGGCGUGGUGGCGCGCUGCAUUUGCAUCACCGACGGUUCCCUGCAUCAACACAUGCACACUCUCGUUGCUGUGCUGCCGCCCACAUCACUCGCACCAGGGCUUCCGGAGCAGCCAGUGAGAGUGUGCCAGCUGUCAUCGCAAUGUGCUGUGUGCCCCCAAGGGAAGUACCUGCUGUAUCUCUCCACCCGCUGCCUCCCCUCCCACUGCCCUCGCGCCCUGCUGCUGCCCGUGCUUGCUGCCCUCACUUCGUUGCCACACCCCUCCCCCACCACUCAUUCUGCUGCUGCAACUGCUGCUGGAGGUGUGAGUGAGGGGGGUGGCAGGAGCAAGCAUGCAGAGGGAGUGGGUGCGCAGGAGAAUGCGGGGAGCGGGGUGGCCGGGGAGGGGGGAGGAGUGGGAGAUGAAGGAGGGGAGGAAACGGCGUCAUCCAGCCGUAUGGUAUCAGAGCAGGUGGGGUCAGAGGCGGGGGCGGGCGAUGAGCAUGGAGAGGAGGCAGCCGGGAAGGGGAGGCCCACUGCGCUGUGGGCUGUGUUCUUCUCGCAGCGCCUGCUGGAUGCCCGCAGUGUGCAGGUGCCAGAGGGCGUGUUUGCAUGCAGCGCUCCGAGCGACUCCCUGCACCUGCAGUCAGUGCUCGAGGAGGCCCAGCAGGUCUUCAUGCGCAUUGCCCCCGGGGAGGAGUUCUUCCCCACCCGCCUGGAUGAGGAGGAGAGGGAUGAUGAGGCACACGGGUUUGACAAAGGUAACUCGGAGGAGCAUGCCAAUGGGGACGGGGAUGGGCAUGGGCAUGGGGAUGGGGAUGAGCAUGGAGAUGAGAGGAGGGACCAGAGCAACGGAGGGAGGUGA